UUUAUCGAUCUCUUUAGUUUUCCGACUGACGCUGAUAAAGUCAUAUGUAGCAGAACAAUUUACAACAUCAAAAAAAAUGAACAUGAAAGUAGUUAUUAUUUUAGUAAUUGCAUCGUUUUAUGCUAAUGUAUUGUCACUUGAAUGCCCAUCUUGUAGAGGAGCGGAGUGCUCAGAUCCUCAAACAGUCUUUAAUAAAUGUAGCCGAGAAGUGAAACCUUUGCCAUUUGGAUACGAAAGCAAAUCAGUAAAUAAAGGUACCGAGAAACUGGGAUGCAUUUCCCUGGAAUACGAAAUUGAACCGGAAAUGCAGUAUUUCGUAAAGCAGUGUAUUCUAAUACCGGACAACAAUCUGUGUGAAUCGAUUUCGAAUUCCUUGCCUUCUUCAGUUGUAAUGACAAACUGUGAAUUCUAUUCCGAAGAUGGAGUUCAAAGAUCUGCAUCUCAGCUAACGAAAAGGGAUGAUGAGUUACUUUUACCGUAUGAAACAGAAGGUUCUGGAGAUGACUCAACAACAACCGCUGAAUCAAUAACUGAUGCACCUUCCACGGGUGACCCUAUCACCGUCGAUCCAACUAACCCCCCAACCCAAGCUCCAACUCAGGCUCCAACUGCACCACCAGCGGAUGGUGGUGUGUCUGGGAUUGCAGUGUCCAUCUUUGUUCUGCUAUUUACGUGUCUGGUACAAAGUUUAGUUUAAAUAGAUAAGUAGUUUAAUUUAUUUUUUUUGUAAAUUUGUGACUGUGGAAUGUAAAUUCCAGAAGGUGUGCAAUUAGAAUUUAUGACAGAGUAAUUGUUAGAACACACAAGGCACCGUAAGGACACACUGGCACACACAUAUAUUUAUUUAUCAAAACCAACAUUUUGCUGUUAGUUUUUACUGUUCUUGUAAUUAACGGAAAUGAUGUACAAAAUAGAUAUAAAUUAUAUUUAUUAUUUAUUAAAAGUGCCUUUAUAUUUCCGGGGUUUAUUAGGAGAAGAAAUGUUACCAUUUAAUCUACUUAAUGUAAAACUAUUUGUUAUUUAUUUGUACACAAUAUUUAUAAGCAAAAACUUGUUUUGAUAUGAUUAUAAAUAAUGGUAAAGCAGUAAAAUACAGAAAAAUUUAAUAA